AUGAACGGCGGCCAACGUCGUGAUCACCGAUUUCAGAUAAACUGUGGCGCUUACUGGUGGUGUACACAGUUGUUGUUUGACGUACACUCUACAUCAGACAUACUGGUAGAUGACGCCAGGCAACCGGUUUUGGAAAUAAUAUUUGGUUCGAGGACCGUUUGUCACCACUGCUCGGCUGUUGACACACGUCUAAGUUUGGAAAUAGCUAUGCGAUCACCGCGACAUAUUUUGUCUCAAAUGUUGAAGAAUGAACUAAUUUCGACCCAAAAAUUACAAUCUUCUACAUAUAAUACGCUGUACAUCUAUUUUGUAUCGGUACAGACGGAAUAAUUUAGUACGUGUAAAUCUUGCAGUGAAUCCAUUUAAUAUUGGACCGAUUCUCUUACAUACUCAUUGCUCUGAGACUCAGACAG